ACUGUAUGUUGGGGGAGCGACGUCUGUUUCCCCCUAUCCCUCCGCCGUCAAACCGCAGCUCCCAUCGUCCCUCCGGCGGUGGACGUCUUGACCGUUUUCCCUCUCGCCCACCGGCGCCGUCUCCAUCCAACUUCCGGUGAGGGCGCGGCCCCACCCCUAACCUAAACAUCCGGUGAGGGCGCAGCCUCGACCCCCGCCACCCAUCCCAACUUCCGGUGAGAGCGCGGCCCCUAUCCACAUCGCGAGCCGGAACCCUCCACCACCACACACAACAUCCGGUGCCACGCAUUUCCGUUUCCGGGUGGUGGGUGUUGUUGCUAGGUUUCAAGAUGGCGGCGGCUGCGGCGGCGGGUCGGGGCUCGCUGUUUCUGGGCCCCGGGGGAUGGCGGUGGUCGGGGGCCCGGAGACGGAGGAGAAGGAGGAGGGGGUUAGCGGUUCCCGGGCUGCAGGCCGCCCUCUUGUUACUGCUGCUGCUGGGCUGGGCGGAGGGAGGCGGCGGUGGCGGGGGCCGCUACCAGGUCGGGGAGGCGGUGACUGUGUACGUGAACAAGGUGGGCCCGUACCACAACCCGCAGGAAACCUACCACUACUACCGCCUGCCCGUCUGCCGGCCCGACCGCGUCCGCCACAAGAGCCUCAGCCUCGGCGAGCUGCUCGACGGCGACCGCAUGGCCGAGUCCCUGUACCAGCUCGCGUUCCGCCGCAACCAGAGCAAGAGGCUCCUCUGUGAGCUGAGGCUGGAGCCGCCCGAGAUCGAGGAGCUGAAGGAGGCCAUCGAAGAGCUGUACUACUUUGAGUUUGUGCUGGAUGACAUCCCGAUCCGGGGCUUUGUGGGUUACCUGGAGGAGAGCGGUUUCCUGCCCCACACCCACAAGAUCGGCCUGUGGACCCACCUGGACUUCCAUGUGGAGUUCAACGGCGACCGGGUCAUCUACGCCAACGUCAGCGUGCGGGAUGUCAAGCCCUUCAGCCUGGAUGAGCUGCGGGCACCAGUCAGCAUGGCCCACACCUACAGUGUGUACUGGCACGAGACCAGCUUCCCGUACGAGCGACGUGGGGAGCGUCUGCGUGACUCCAGCUUCUUCCCCCGUACACUGGAGAUCCACUGGCUGUCCAUCAUCAACUCCAUGGUGCUGGUCUUCCUCCUGACCGGCUUCGUCGUCAUCAUCCUCAUGCGCGUUCUGCGCAACGAUUUCGCCCGCUACAACCUGGAGGAAGAGGCCGCUGCCGACGACUUCGACCAGGCCGACAACGGCUGGAAGAUCGUCCACACCGACGUCUUCCGCUUCCCCCCGCACAAGAGCCUCCUGUGCUCCGUGCUCGGCGUCGGCACCCAGUUCCUCGCCCUGGGCACAGGUGAGCGGCGAGUUCGUCCCCGCUCUUGUUUUCUCCAAGAUGUCCAAUCCCUCGGGGUUUGCCCUGCUGCUCAACGAGGCAGCAGCCGGCCCAACCGCGGUCUCCACUCCCAGCUUCCUGCCUGCGGCGCAGUCCCCCUCGAUUCCAACGCCCACACUGACAUGCCCUUGAAAAUAGUCCCGAAUUCUUCAGUGCCCACUGGAGCAGGGGUGGGUCAUUCAGCUAUUUCCCAUUCG